AUGGUAAAAGACCGAAAAGGACGAAAAUCGACGGUAGUUGCCGAGGACGCAGAAAUGCCGAUGGUAAAUGGCAAUGAAAAACUGCAGAAUGGAAAAACGCUGGUUAAUGGACAAGGGAAGAAUGUUGAGAAAAACUUGCCACUUGGAGUUCGGGUUCAAAAAAAUUCAAAAAAAGGAAGCCAACCGGCGAAACCGAGUCAGCCGACGCCUGGCGGCUCUCAAUGCGUUCUUCUCACUCAGGGAAUUAUGGCAAACGAUAGCGAAAAAGUCGAUGCGGUGCUUCGAACCGUCCAAAACGAUAUUAUCCAUUCCACUCUUCGUGAGUUGCAACCAAUGCACGUUUUACCUUUGCUCAAAGAGAUCGAAAAUCGUCUCAGGACCCGGAAAGCCGCCGACAUUCGACCGACAAUUCGCUGGGCUCAGUGCGUUUUCUCGGUGCACAUGGCUUAUCUCUGCUCGCUUCCAAACUUGGAUAAAGAAAUCGGCGGUCUGCUGAGUUGGCUGCGCGCGCGCGUCGAUCAUCAGAAGGAGUUGCUCGCGUUGCACGGCAAAAUCUCGCUGAUCGCCGACCAAAUCAAAAAGCGCACGAAUACGGUCGUCAUUGCCCCACAGCCAUUGGUUGUAUUCAACAACGACUUGGAUUCGGAUUCGGAGGAGUUCGAAACGAUUGGGUCCGAUGAGGACGCGGAAGGAAGUGAGGAUGAUUGGUGGGAAGACAAUGAGCUGAAGGAAGGCGAUGAGGAUGAGAAUGACAGCGAUCAGGAAUCGGAUGACAGUGAUAAUGAGGAAAUGAUGAAUAGUGGAAACGAAUCGAACUCAAGUUCGGAUCAUGAUGACGAGGAAGAAGAGGAUGAAGACAUGGAAGUUGGAUAA